UAAAGCUUUAAAAAUAAAAAGCCGAUCACAGCGUUAGCCAAGCAAGUUAUUCAGAGUCGUUUGGGUGUGGUGCAAGAAUAGUUUAGAAUGGAGACCACUAUCGUCCAAUUUGUGUACAGCUACAAGGACUAUGCGGGUAAAGAUUGUGUUGCCAAGCUGGAUAUUACAUUUCCUUUUGAGGAUGAAAGCAUUGAUGAAUUGGUUACACAGCUUUUAGCCCAAAUGGAUCCAAUGAUGCGAUAUUUAGAUGAAGACAUAAAUUUACAGAAAGAACUGCAGAUGUUUAUUGACCAAGAACAUCAAAAAUUCUUUGACGACUACUCUGAGAAGUUAAUUAAUCAAGCGGCCAAUGAAGAGCUGGACUUAGAGGCUAUUGUGCGAAAUACAGAACGUCUGUAUAAGGAGGAACUGCUACAAUUCGCAGAUCGCGUUGGUCCAAGCGAUGAGGACAUAUUUGCGCAAAGCUUCCAUCGCCUGGUGCACUCCUCUUCAUUGGAGGAUAUUCUUAAGCGCGAACGAGGCUAUGCAAAGGUCAUAGCCGACAUGACCGAUCAUAUGGAUUCUGAAGUGGAAACGUUAAAGGACUCCCAGCAACAGGAGAUGGAUAGCCAAAUCAAUCAGCUCGACAUAACUACAACAUCGGAGGACAUUAACAAUCUGCUGGCUCAGCAAUAUACCACUCACAACUUUGUACGGAAACGCUAUGAGUCCGAGCUAGAAGCCAUGAUGGGUCAUCAGAAAAACGAGUACCGGGAUUGGAUCACCAGUCAAGUUAGUCAAAUGUUUCAGGUAUCGCCGGUAUCCACUCCCUUGGGCAAUCGCUCCUCCAUGUUUGUCUCGCAGCAUCCAUCGAUGGAGGAGAGCUUUACUAUACACUUAGGCUCUCAGCUAAAGCAUAUGCACAAUAUCCGAAUACUUAGCGCUAAUGUGACGGACCUGUGCAGUCCUCUGCAUGUGGAUGAAAAUUUGAAUGGUCUCAACAUGGCUUUGGGUCUUUACUCGAGCUCAUUGUGUGGCGUCGUAGUGCUGACUCCUUCAAUACAGGCACAGGCCAAUAAGAGCAUAAUAAAAAAUGCUAACAGAUCAACGGAAUUUCAUUUUGAUCAAAUGGAUGUGCAGCUGGAAAAGAUCGAGAAACAGAUCCGCGCUCUUAACACCAGUGACACUAGCAAUACGCCCAGCAAUGGCAGUGGCAGUGGUAGUGGGAGUGGUAACAGCACUGAAGGUAGUGCCGCCUCCUCGCCUAUUAAGCAGCAUGCGGCCAAGCUAAAGACGGGCGAUUUUUAUAUAACCAAACAUUCGAAUCUCUCCCAAUCACAUGUCAUAUUUCACUUGAUCUCGGAUGAGCCCAUCAAUAGCCCCAGUGAAAUAAAUUCACGUCAUCCUGUCAUACUUGGCUUGCGGAACAUUCUUAAGACGGCAAGCCGUCAUGACAUAACCACGUUAACCAUUCCAGCUCUGCUGCGCCACGAGAUGAGCGAGGAUAUGACCGUUCCGUGGUGCAUCCGAAGAGCAGAGCUCGUAUUCAAAUGCGCCAAGGGUUUUAUGAUUGAGUCUGCCUCUUGGGGAGGUGCGGAGUUGAGCACCUUGCAAUUGUUGCUGCCCCACGAUAUAUCCGAGGAACUGUUCACUACAUUAGCUGGAAUGGUGCCAAAUGUAUUUCGUGUCGCGAAUCCAAAGAUACUCGUUGAUAAUAACAAAUAGUUUUUCAUAAACACAUUCCAGGUGAAAUAUUUGAAGACUUUUAAUUUAUUUAUAUAUGAAUAUACACUU